GUAGCGCUAUACGUUUCGAUAGUUGAAAAAUCCCCGAUAGGUAAAGGUUCUCAUCUUAUCGAUUAUACUAUCGCUUGCUUUACAGCUGCUUAAUUUACUUUGUUGAGACAGAAAUUUGUAAAUAGACAAAAGUUUAGAGCCAAGUUUUUUCCAUGUCGAAAACCUUCGAGAUGUGUAGAACCAGUGAUGAAUGGAAGUUUUGGUGUCGCCUCUGUGCUACAGAAAAUUCUCGAAACAUCAACGUAUUGUCAGAAAUGGAUUCAAAAUCACAGCUUAUGAACUUAGAUUUUAAUAGCAUUAAAUUUAGGGAUUUCAUAGAUCAGUUCUUUCAAAUUCGGAUUGAAGAGGACGGAGAUCUAUCCCAUUGGCUUUGUACACAAUGUUUUUCGUUGAUUUCAGCCUUGGUUAAAUUUUCGGAGCAUGUAAAAAAUGUGCAAAACAUGUAUGAUGCUAUUCAACGUUCUGUGAACAGAAAAACUCUGGAUUUGAAAGUGUUUCGAGAGAAUUACAAUUUGCUUGGGAAUGAGUUAUUUAUGUUUAAUUUAUCGGAUAUAAAAUCAAAAGUUGAAAACAUUUCAAUUGAGCCCAAUAUAAUAGUUAAAGAAUCACUAGAUAGUAUUGUGGAGAGUGAAAUAAUAUCGGAUGAAGUCCGAAAUGGAGUAUUUUGCAAUAAGUUCGAAUACAAGAGUGAAUAUCAAGAUCCCCUUGGUGAUGGCAAUGAAAAUGUCGGUAGUGACAUAGAAAGUGUUAACUCAGGAGGAAAACAGAAUGAAGAAAAUAACAUAAAAAUAGACCAAAGCGAAUUAAAUGAACAAUUUCCUAAUCGACUUAGUGCGAAUAAGCAAAAUAAAAUGUUAAAAAAAGAGUUGUGUAUCUCUGAGAAAGAUUCAAAGGAACAGAAAUACUUUUGUAGCGAUUGUUCAAUGCAUUUCCAAAGACUUAGCAAUUAUAGUUCGCAUAUGAAGAAAAGACAUGGCAUCGUAUAUGAAUAAGAUCCUUUGACAUGCCCUCAAUGUGCUAAAGCCUUCCCAUCUAAAUCCAGACUUAAUCGUCACAUUAAAACACAUCGGCCACUGGCGGAAGCGCGAAUAUUUCCAU